CCACCCAUUAGAAAGGACGGACCCACCGUGCAGAGCUCUCCUCCGCUCCCCGGCCCGGUCACGCCGCCACCGCCGUCGCCACCGCUCCCCGCCGGCCGUUGUCCGUCUCUCUCGCCGCAACCUCGACCACGACCUGGGGCUGGGGCAGGCUCCGCCUCGCCGCCGCCCGGCGACUGCCAGUCAGGCUCGCCUCGAGCCCUUUCCGAGCCCAACCCGUAGCUAUAGGCCCUAAAGUGGAGUUAGGUCCAACGCCACAUUGCCUCGCCGACGCAAGUAGCCCACCGCACCACUGUCUCGUCGACUCCGCUGCUCUACAACGACCACUCCCCGAACCCGGAUUGAGAGCGAGCGAGAGCGCGCGCGCGGGGAGAAGCCGAGGGUGAAGUCGUCGUCGUCGGCGGCGGCGGCGGCGGAGGAGGAGGAGGAGGAGACGACGAUGCAGUGGUACCUGGUGGCCGCGCUCCUCACCGUCCUCACCAGCUCGCAGGGUAUCUUGACUACCCUCUCGCAGAGCAAUGGCAAAUAUAAGUACGACUACGCAACCAUUCCAUUUCUCGCAGAACUCUUCAAGCUGUCUUUCUCAAGCUUCUUUCUUUGGAAGGAAUGCCAGUCUUCAUCUCCACCAAGGAUGACAAAAGAGUGGAGGAGUAUACGACUAUACCUUGUUCCUUCAGUCAUAUAUCUCAUCCACAACAAUGUGCAGUUUGCCACCUUGACCUAUGUUGAUCCAUCUACCUAUCAGAUAAUGGGAAACCUUAAAAUUGUCACAACUGGAAUUCUGUUUAGGCUUGUCCUAAAAAGGAAGUUGUCAAAUCUACAAUGGAUGGCAGUAGUUUUACUGGCUGUUGGAACUACUACAAGUCAGGUUAAAGGAUGUGGCGAUGCUCCAUGUGAUUCUCUUUUUUCAGCCCCAUUUCAGGGUUACAUGCUUGGGAUACUUUCUGCUUGCCUUUCUGCACUAGCUGGUGUCUACACUGAAUAUUUGAUGAAGAAGAAUAAUGAUAGUCUGUACUGGCAAAAUGUACAAUUAUAUACGUUUGGUGUUAUAUUCAACAUGGGAUGGCUUAUCUAUGGUGACUUCAAAGCUGGAUUUGAGAGGGGUCCAUGGUGGCAGCGUCUUUUUAAUGGCUAUUCUAUCACAACGUGGAUGGUUGUGUUCAAUUUAGGGUCUACUGGCCUUCUGGUCUCAUGGCUGAUGAAGUAUUCUGACAAUAUAGUCAAGGUGUACUCAACUUCAAUGGCCAUGCUUUUAACAAUGGUAUUGUCUGUAUAUCUUUUCAAUGUGAGAGCAACACUUCAGCUUUUCCUAGGCAUUGUCAUCUGCAUAAUUUCCCUGCAGAUGUAUUUUAUGCCUGUGAACAUGCUUGUUGAAUUGCCACAAGCAUUGCCAGUUACUUCAAAGUAGGUACAUGCCAGUGAUGCCACUGUUGUUUAACCUGUUGAUCAGUGUGUACGGUCUUCUGAUUUAAGCAGAAAGGUUAGUUGAUUAUUUAUAGCUCAGCUUUUGUGAGUAAUCCCAUGGAAAUCGGAGGCUGCAAUCUCCACAGCAUAUGUGUACAGUGUCAUGUUUCAGAUAACGUGAAAGAAGAGUGGAGCAAACAUGGGUUUACUGCUACACUUUGCCAAUUUUUUGGCAAAAAGGUGAAAGCAUGCCUUGGAAAAGGAAAUCCAGAAUCCCUAUACAUUCUUUAGUUAGUGCUUAAUGGUUUAUUCACCUUGUAUCUAAAUUUUCUGACAUUCAGUGGAUGCAAAACUGGUGAGUGAUCAUGAAAUAGUAAAUCUUUGCAGAAAAUUUAAGAUUCCCUCGUCA